GUUGGGGGCGGAGAAGCCCAGACUGGCUGGGAAAUGAUGGCUGAUGAAGACGAGGAAGUCAAGCAGAUCUUGCAGAAAUUGCAGGAACUGGUGGAUCAGCUCUAUUCGUUUCGAGAGUGCUAUUUCGAGACACAUGGUGUGGAGGAUGCUGGAAGGAAGCAACAGGAUGUGCGGGAAGAGAUGGAGAAGACCCUGCAGCAGAUGGAGGAAGUAGUGGGUCCUGCCCAGGGCAAGGCCCAGGUUCUGAUGCUGACUGGGAAGGCACUGAAUGUGACUCCUGACUAUAGCCCUAAGGCUGAGGAACUUCUGUCCAAGGCUGUGAAGCUGGAGCCCAAGCUGGUGGAAGCCUGGAACCAGCUGGGUGAGGUGUACUGGAAAAAAGGGGAUAUUGCGUCUGCCCACACCUGCUUCUCUGGAGCCCUCACCCAUUGCAAGAACAAAGUCUCCCUUCAAAACCUGUCCAUGGUGCUUCGCCAGCUGCGGACUGACACUGGAGAUGAACAUUCUCGUCAUGUAAUGGACAGUGUCCGACAGGCUAAGUUGGCCGUGCAGAUGGAUGUCCAUGAUGGCCGUUCCUGGUAUAUUCUGGGGAAUGCAUAUCUUUCUCUUUACUUCAAUACUGGCCAGAACCCUAAGAUCUCCCAGCAAGCCCUCAGUGCCUAUGCCCAAGCAGAGAAAGUUGACAGGAUGGCUUGCAGCAAUCCUGAUCUUCAUCUGAACAGGGCAACGUUACAUAAAUACGAAGAGAAUUAUGGGGAGGCCCUGGAGGGCUUCUCUCGGGCUGCAGCACUGGACCCUGCAUGGCCAGAGCCCCGGCAACGAGAGCAACAACUUCUGGAAUUCCUGAAUAGAUUAACCAGUCUCCUUGAGAGCAAGGGAAAGGUGAAGACCAAAAAGUUACAGAGCAUGCUGGGAAGCUUGCGCCCAGCCCAUCUAGGCCCUUGUGGUGAUGGGCGCUACCAGUCAGCCUCCGGGCAGAAGUUGACCCUGGAGCUCAAGCCCCUGAGUGCACUACAACCCGGUGUGAACAGUGGUGCUGUGGUCCUAGGAAAGGUGGUAUUCAGCCUCACCACAGAGGAGAAAGUCCCCUUUACAUUUGGCCUGGUAGAUUCAGAUGGACCUUGCUGUGCAGUGAUGGUGUAUAAUAUGGUACAGAGUUGGGGAGUGCUCAUUGGGGACUCCGUAGCCAUUCCUGAGCCCAAUCUUCGGCUUCACCGAAUUCAGCACAAAGGAAAAGACUAUUCCUUUUGCAGUAUUCGUGUGGAGACACCCCUCCUGCUGGUGGUGAACGGGAAGCCCCAGGGCUCCAGCAGUCAGGCCGCUGCCACAGUGGCAUCACGGCCACAGUGCGAAUGACCGUCCUUGACUUGCAUGCUGAAGAAGGAGCUGAGGCGAGAGGAUAAGCUCAAGACCGUCAGCAGCUGGGCCAGCUCCACCCAGUGACUCAGCCAGGAAGGGGGGAUGUUGUAGAUGAUGACUUUCCCUUCCCCUGCCCUGUAGGACACUUUGUGUCUCGUCUUUCUCUCCUGUUCACAUGUUCAGGUUCUCUGUGGCCACACACUUCCCUGGUGUAAUCUCUCCUGCCUCUUUCAUCGCUCUUCUGUGUUUUAGGCAGAGUAUGGAAUUGGUAGAAGUGUUGGCAUCUUGCCGUGGGACAGAGUCCCCACGGUUUUCGUUCUUGCCUCCUUCCUGAGCCUCAUGUGUAUAUAUCAUUGCAGUAUUUAUUGCUAAGGGAGGGGGCUUGAUUUUUUAAUGGCUUGUUUUUUUUGCAACUUUUAUUUUAUUUUUAAACAUUAGGUCCUUCCCCUUCUUUGGGGCUGGAACAGAAUUAAAUUUGUUUGGAGAAAAAAUACUGUAUAGUUUGGCUUCAUUCUCUUCAAGCUUAGAUUUUGGUUUUAGUAUCACUUCAAUCCAUUAUUGUAAUCCCCCCCCCCAACCGUUCUUUUCUUUACACUAAAUAGUUCAUUUCUCUUCCAGUUAAAAGAUUUCUGGCAACAGGUAUCCCAAGGCAGGAAUGGCAACUCCACAAAAAGUCACUGGGAAGCAGCUUCGCAACCAUUUUCCCAUUCUGUCAUCCUUGGGGGUGGCUCUCGUGGUGCAAGAUGGCAGCAAUAUUAUUCGAAUAGUGUUAUUAGGCUGAAAGACCAGAGAGUGCCAGAUACUCAGUUUCUUUAGAUUCUAGUGAUACAUUUUGUAAUAGUUUCUCUUAAUACCCUUGAGGAAAAAUGGGAAAAUGUGAAGGAGGAUUAAUAGCCAACUGAUGGCUGUAACCAGAGACUACAUUAAUGGAUACAGAUAAAUUUGGAAGACUUCUGGUGAUCUGGCUCAGGUCUUUGUACUUGUCCGGUCCUUUUGAACUUCAUCAGUGACUUGAAUAUCAUUGGUGGCUCAUUCAUUCUAUGAAGAAUCUAAAGGAUAGAGGAAUCCUCAGAGAAUGAGUAAUAAAAUCAGCAUCUAUCUAUCUAAGAAUGUUAUAAGGGCUGAAUCUAAGAUAAAAGUUUGAAGUCCAUUCUUUUGGUCUGAAGAGGCCAACUUUCCAGGUGUAUCUUUAGCAUUAUGUAUGAAAAAUUAUCGAGAAUUUUUUUAAAGUAUAUUUUUGUUUUGAGAGAGCGCAUGUCUGUGCG